AUGGGGAGAAAACGAGGUAGUUAUGACCAAGGGACUGGUAUUGAAGAUGAAGCUUUAGCAGAGCCACAUGGGAGAGUCUCAAGUCGUCCUCUCUCUGCUGUAGUUCGCCUCUAUGUGUACGCGCUGCAUGGCUGCCUCUGUGAGGUGGUCUUCACUGCUGUGUGGGACUGGUGCAGCACCCAGGACAGGAGGCUGGCAGGUCACAGCAGCCUGUGGGCGCUACCUAUGUACGCUACCGCAAUCUACUUCAUGGAGAGCCUGAGAUCCCAGCUGCUGGAUAAGCGUCACCCACUGCCAGUGCGUCUGAUCGCCUACACCAUGUUCAUUUACCUAUGGGAGUUCAGCUGGGGGGCAGGGCUGAGGCUGCUGGGGGCAUGUCCAUGGGACUACUCAGGUUAUAAGUACAACCUGGGAGGACUGGUUACACUGGAGUAUGCACUACCAUGGGCUGUGGCAGCAUUUUUAGCAGAGAAGCAUGUGAUCAGGAACACUCUGAGGAUAAGACUGCACAACUAA